GAUUAACUCAGAACUUCAUCUAUGACCUUAGCAAAAAGAGAACCUUUCUUAUUAUCACUUCCGUUUUACAGUAGUUUUCUUCAAACCUGAAAACCUUUACAAUUAAUCGAAACAAAACAAAUUUUGGCGCAUUUAUCUGAGUUUCGCACCGAAUCGACCAGUUUUUUGUGGGGUACUUUUCCAAAUUGCGCAAUCGGGAAUCUAAAUUUAGAGAUUCGGUCAAUCUUAAGUAUUCGAAGGGUUUUCGAAUAGUUUCUAGUUUCUAUCUUUAAUCUUGCAUAUCCUUUGAUUGUUAUUUACUUCAAGCCGACCAAGUCCUAUAAUGCUUUUUCUGGUUUUUGUAAGUCUCUUUGUCAUAACAUCUGCUGCCAUUGAAGAGGUGGUUCAAGUUGCGGAUGUAGAAAGACAAUCACGGGGGCCACGAUUUGUGCUUCAGCCAAGAGAUAUUAUCUUCGAUAAAGAAAAUCGGAAUGGUUCCACCUUGGUAAUGUUUGAGUGCUUGGCAGAGGGCCAUCCUACUCCGACUUACUCGUGGUUUAAGGAGUUUUUCGAGGGUGAUAGGCUCACCUUCUAUCCUGUGAGUGAUCUCAACGACCUACGUUUCUCAGCAGAUGGUGGUAACCUCACGAUCAUAGAGCCGCAAUGGGGUUUAGAUCAAGGAACUUAUCACUGUGUUGCAGAGAACAAAUUCGGUCGAAUUCUUUCAAACAGUGCUCAGCUUAAGUUCAGCUUUAUCAGAGACUUCAAUGUGAAACGAUCACAAGAGAGUGCGCCUAUGAAUUGGGGCAAGUCUCUAUACUGUGAUCCUCCUCAACACUAUCCAAUAGUUAAGUACCAUUGGUCGCGAGAUUCCUUAAGCAACGUUGUGGAGGAGAACGAGAAACGGUUUCUCAGUUACGAUGGCACUCUUUACUUCUCAGCACUCAAUCCAACUGAUCAGGCUAAAUAUUCUUGCGCAGUACAGAGUACAAUGAGUAAUACCAGUCGUAAUGGACCUUUCUUCCCAUUACUAGUGCUGCCUAAUUCUAAUGUCCAGGAACUCACAAUUGUUAACAUGUUUCCCAAGAUGUUUCCGGAAACUCCUAUUGCUGGACAAGAUAUACGAUUGGAAUGUAUGGCUUUUGGGUACCCAAUCCCUUCCUUUAACUGGACCCGUAGGGAUGCGCCUCUGUCUAAGCAGGCCUACCUUACAAACUAUAAUCGGGUCUUGAUAAUCCCUAACGCUACUGUUGAAGAUAGCGGAGAAUACGUCUGCACCGCGACUAAUGAUCGCAAGAGCUUAUCUAAAAGCAUACAUAUCAACUUACAGAUGGCACCCAAUUUUACAAUGCCUCUUGUUGACAAGAUCUGCGAUUCUAACACAAACGUUACAUUUAUUUGCAAAGCAUCUGCUAUUCCUGAGCCGAAAUAUACAUGGUAUAAAAACGCAGAAUUGAUUGAGAAAGACCAAUUGCCUGGUGAUAAGUUCAUGAUAAAGGACAACAUUUUGACGAUAAAGUCCUUGGAUUUUGCAAAAGACAACGGGAUGUAUCAAUGUCGAGCUGACAAUCUGAUUAAAGCAGUGUACUCUUCAGGUCAACUGAGUGUAAUACCGCCCUAGUCUAACACAUUGACGGAAAUUUAACCUAGCGUUCAUACGAGGAUAGCCAAAUGGAAAAUCAGAAUGGAUUAUUUUCGAAAAGGUCAUUGGAUAAAUUGGAAAAUUUAAUUGAUAGGCAGCUUUGAAUUUGCUUCUGUUUUUAUUUAAAAUAAUGUCUUGUGAAGUAUCUAAUGAAGAAGAUGCUCCACAAGAGGAUUGGCUUCUUGAAAAAAAUCGUCAAAGAACUAAGGGAGGCGACAUACUGAAGAAAGUUGCGAAGAAAUUAGACAAAAUUUCCUUCCAAAAAGGAUGGUGCAAGCAUAACAAUCAAGCGAACUCAAAGAGAGCAAACUGACGCUUUCUAUCAGGAGUAGUGUUAGUGCUGCGGAUUUGCUACUCAAGUGGAAACUUCCGCGCAUAAAAUCAUAUCCAUAUUCCAGAACAUCGACAUCAGCAUCAUUUUCAUCUUUCAAUCAGAGCUUGAAUCAAAAGAAAAUUGUCCUCCAAUGCCUUCGUAGCUCUCAAAAAACUCCCUCUCUCCGAAUCCUGUACUUUCAUCCAAAAUCUUUCCUGUCUUUUUGCAAUCUUAACUUUCGCAACCAAUUAGAUGUCAAGGUUGGAGUUUAGGUGUCAAACAUCUUGUUCUUCAAUAAGAUUUUAUUGUCCGACAUUUCGGUCUUUGGUUAGGCUUGUUUAAAAAUUCUUUGACGUGUUUGUGUGAUAGGCCUUAUUGUAGAUAGGCCCAGAAGAAGGUCCUAAGCAAGGAUCGAAACGUCGGCCUACGCUUACUGAAGAACAAGAAAUUUGAGACCGAAACUCCAACCUUAAGAAGUGAAAACACGGGAUUUUGACCUUUGAUCUUCUCCUCCUUUAUUCCUUGCCAAGGUUUCGGAGCUUGAUGGCUCCUCCUUCAUAAAGGAGGAGAAGAUCAAUAGUCAAAAUCCCGUGUUUUCACUUCUUAAAAACUAUUUCAUUGGCCGAAAAUCAUUAUUAUACUACAACCUUAAUAUCUACGCUGAUUCCUUUCUCAAAGUCAGAAUGAGUUCAUCAACUUAAUGACUGGAAAUUGCAGUCAAGAAUGAAACCGUUAACGAAAUCAAGAUCCAGCUACAUCCUAUGGAUUUAAGAUUAAUAUUUAGGAAUACCUCAGAUGUAUCUUGCAUUAAUCCAAUUUGCAAAUUAAUGAAAUUAUGUCCAUACUGUCCAUAUUACAAAAAGGAUGUACGUGUACGUAUUAAAGUUAUCUUAUGGGAA